AUGCGCGUUUCGCUCCCCAUAUUAUAUGUCACAAAAGCGUGCAUCCCACUAUCAAACGAGAUACCGAAGAAAGUUGACAAAAUGAGAAUCUUUUGCACCAUCGCAGUGAUAAUCCUCAUCGUUUGUGAGUUUGCUAGUGGUAACGCAUUGGGAGAGCACCAACCUGGAGACCCUCCACCUUUCGUCGGAAAAUGGGAAGACUACGAAAAAAAACUCUGAUUCAAACGUUACUAUUAAAGCCUUGCACAUUCUUUCAAUGCUUAAAAGCUCCACUCAAUUCA